CAUAAUUUCUCAAAAGCUCGGGGGAGGUCCUAAUAAAAAAAGUACAGUAAUCAUUAACAAAAGAAAAACAGUUUAAAAGAGUCAAAUGCUAAAAUUAACAGCAUUAAGAGAGCCAGAUAAUACGGUAAAAAAGACGCACGUGGCAGCAAUUAAGAGGUAAAUGGGUUUAAUGUGCAUCCCUCUUCCAGGCAUGUCAGACAUUGUCAGUUUUUCCACUGCUUUGCCAGCUUAAACCAAGUUUAAGAAGAAUUAUUUUAGAGCUUUCCUCCAUAAAAUAUUGUGCUUGAUUACUACUACUUCUGAUUUCUGAUCCAAUAAUAAAUUAUGCUUUUCCCACACAUCAAUGUCAGUUUAAACAAUUCUUCAUCAAUUGUGGUUAUCUUUCUCCUCUCUUUUUCCUUGUUUUUUUUUCCCCUUUUUUUUUGGGUUCAUUUUUUUGACUUUUUUGGGAUGAUGCUCUACUGAAAUAUUAGUAGUAGUUGUACUGAGGAGAAGAAUUAUUGGAGUAGGGCAAGGUAGUAGAGUAGGAGUUACCAUGGAUGCUCUUUAUCAUUUGCUGGGGUGGUCCAUUAUUUUCUAGCAUUCAACUAUCAAGCUCCCAAAAGAGGUAAGAAAGUGAAAGCUCAAAGCUUUCCCCUCUUUUGUUCAUGGACUCCUGCAUCCCUCGCUCAAUCAAUCUACUUCAUUUGUAUUUUCUUUUUUAUUAUAUGCUUUUGAUUUCUAAUUUGUCAACCCAAUUUUUUUGUGAGUGUAUAUCAAAUUCUUUUUAUCUGCUCUCUUUUUGUUUCCGCUGUGUUCAGAUUCCUCAUUAAUACAUGAGGUGCUAUCAAGGUGUUGUUAUUGACAAGUUUUCAAUCUUUUUUGUGGUGGAUCUCAAGUUUUAGUUACCAUGCUGUUUCUGGGUGCUUUGAUUUCUGUUAGCGGGUUGAGGUUGGGGUUAGAAAAAGGGGAAAGGAAAGGUGAGGUGGGGGGAGUUAGUUGAAUCUGAGGUGUAGCUGUAUAUGCCUAUUAUGUCAGAAGGCGAUUUGCAAUGAAUACUGACAGAAGUCUAGAGGUUCUGUGAGGGGGGAAAAAGCAACUGCUGACUGAUAUGGGGUUUUGUUAUUUGGUAUCUUUGUCUGAGUAUUGAGAAUCUGUAGCUUCAUAGUUAUUGGUAAUCUUUACAUUCUAAAUGUUCUGCUGCAUUCAUUCGUUGUAUUUAAGCAGGAUCAUUUUUCUUGCAUUCUGAAUAAUGGGAUUUUAGUGUUUGUUGUAUAUACGCAUGAAACAGAUUCUGCUGUUGCACCCAUGGAUCCGGAUCAAAAGAAGCCUAAGAACUCAGCAGAAUCGACUACCUUGUCCGAGGUAACUCAGACACCGUCUUCAUUCCCCGAUGAAGUAUUGGAAAAAGUCCUCUCUUUGCUGCAAUCGCACUCUGACAGAAGUUCAGUCUCACUGGUCUGUAAAGACUGGUAUAAUGCUGAGCGCUGGAGUCGGACAAAAAUCUUCAUAGGAAACUGCUAUUCUGUCUCUCCUGAGAUUGUAGCAAGAAGGUUUCCCAAAAUUAAGAGUGUGACACUUAAGGGCAAGCCAAGAUUUUCAGAUUUCAAUUUAGUCCCUCAGAACUGGGGUGCUAAUAUUCAUAGUUGGCUCGUAUUAUUUGCUAAAGCAUACCCCUUUCUCGAGGAGUUGAGACUAAAAAGAAUGACUGUGAGUGAUGAGAGCUUGGAGUUUCUUGCUAAGUCAUUCCCUGAGUUCAAAGCUCUCUCGUUGGUUAGUUGUGAUGGGUUUAGCUCUAAUGGGCUAAAAUCCAUUGCCUCUCAUUGCAAGUAAGAGCUAGUUUACCUCUCUUAUUCUAUUGUGAUGUUUGUUGAUUUUGAAUUAGGUUUAUCUUUUCCAACUUUAUUUGGUUUUAGGUGCACUUUGAUUGUCUUAGCUGUGGCUUACUAUUUCUUCAAAUGUGUUGUGUCUUCUUCUUGGUAUUUUCACAUGCCUUCACAUUGUGCUUAAAUUGUCUUGAUUUCCUGCUUAUUAUUGCUUGCAAGUCAGAGGAAAACAUGUGUUUGGUUUGAUAUGCGUGAACCCACCAGGGAAUGAAUACCUGGUCAAAGACUAGCCUUCUCUGUGGAAAAUAGAACAGGUUUUAGUGGAAGUUGAGUGCUUUUACUUUACGAAUUAUUUCUUUCUUUUUGCUGUUGCUUUCUGAUGUGACACUCAACCAAUUGAGGAGCAUUCACUUGGAUAUUUUCCAUUGAUAUAAAACUAUAAAUGAGGUCAUCGUUUUUCAUUAGAGAGGGAAUAUGGGCUUUGAAAUCCACAUAAUGGAUUGCUUGUGUUUUUUUGUUGGACAAUGUUUGUGGCUCACUUUUAUUUGCCCUUGUUUAAAAUGGAAUCUUAAGGAUCAUACAACAGUUAGUGUAUGUCACCAGGAUAUCAGCUACUUGCACACCUGUGAAAUGUUAUCUGAAUUAAAUCUUGAGCUGUAGUACCUCUGCAAGAAAGUAUUUUCUCCGAGCAAUAUGAACAUACAGUUGUGCAUGUGGAAGAUGAAAGAUUGGGUUUCACAUUCUUUUAACUUAUUUUUAAACAGAAUAAUGGCUUUCAGUUUUAAUUUAAAUUAUGAAUACCCGCCUGUAAUCUUUACCUUACUUGUAACUUGUACCUGAUUAUAACUCUCACAUUCUGUGUUCAUUACAAAUAUAUUAUGCAAAACAACUUUCUAUUCAUUAGUCUUUUCUUUUCUUUUCCAUCUUUCUAUGAAUAUCUAUUUCUGCUAGAAAAUUUGAAGAAUUCUUUCCUGUAUAUUUUCUUUCUUUGAUUGCCUCAGUGAGGUUUCCAAAGUUACAUCAUUUUAAGUUUUUUCUCUCUCGACUUCUGUAGACAUAAAACCAAGAGCAUUCUUGCUAAUCAUUGAAGAUUACUAUUUGGUGACUGUACCUAGAUGUCUUUUUAUUUCUUUCUAAAGUUUUAUCAUAUAUUGUUUGGAAGAAUAAUGAAUAAACCAAUGUUCUUCGUCAAAUGACCCAUUUUGCUGCUUAUCAUCUAUUAGAACACUUUGCUCCAGUGUGAGAUGAUGCUCUUUAAGAAUUUACUCCUCUUAGUCAAUAUCAGCUACUUCUUCUUGGCUGUUACUUCCCCAAAUUACUCAAAAUCACAAGAUUUUUUGGAAGUAAAUAGCGCACAAAAUCGUAAAUGCUUUUUCUAGUUUCUCGCACAGUAGAUAACUGUUUAGAUGCCAGGCCUUUAGUUUGUUACGAAUUUUUUUUCUCAGUAUGUCCAAUUCUGUAUCUUCACUUCUUUCUUAUUAUUGUUUUAUCUUUGGAUUAGAUUAAGGUUUUAAUAUGUUUUGCAGGAAAUUGACUGAGCUAGACAUCCAGGAGAAUUCCAUGGAUGACAUUAGUGGAUGUUGGCUAAGUUGUUUUCCUGAGAAUUUCACGUCACUGGAAAUACUGAACUUUGCCAGCCUUCACAGUGACGUCAGUUUUGAUGCCCUGGAAAGACUUGUAAGCAGGUGCAAAGGUUUGAAAGUGCUGAAGGUCAAUAAAGGUAUCACCUUGGACCGACUGCAGAGGCUACUUGUGCAUGCACCUCAGCUGGUCGAACUUGGUACUGGUUCUUUCCAGCAAGAGUUCAUACAUCGCCAAUAUCAGGAGCUUGAAACUGCGUUCAAGAACUUAAAAUAUCUGCAGACGCUUGCAGGAUUAUGGGAUGCCUCUUCCGUUUAUAUCCCUGUUCUAUAUCCUGCGUGCUCCAAUCUGACCUUUUUGAACUUUAGCUAUGCAACGCUUAACAGCGAUGAAUUUGCAAAGUUGCUAGCUCACUGUCCAAAUUUGCGGCGUCUCUGGGUCCUGGACACGGUUGAAGACAAGGGACUGGAAGCUGUAGGUUCAUGUUGUCCCUUACUUGAAGAACUGAGAGUUUUCCCAGCCUAUCCUUUUGAUCAAGAUAUUAACCAUGGGGUCACCGAGUCAGGUUUUCUGGCUGUCUCUCGAGGUUGCCGGAAGCUCCAUUACGUUCUGUAUUUUUGUCAGCAGAUGACCAAUGCAGCCGUUGCCACAAUUGUGCAGAAUUGCCCUGAUUUCACCCAUUUUCGUCUCUGCAUAAUGAAUCCUGGUCAACCUGACUACCUGACAGAUGAGCCUAUGGACGAGGCUUUUGGUGCUGUGGUCAAGACAUGCACAAAACUCCAGAGGCUUUCAGUGUCAGGGCUCUUAACUGAUCUGACCUUUGAAUACAUUGGUAAAUAUGCCAAAAAUCUCGAGACUCUCUCUGUGGCAUUUGCUGGAAGCAGUGAUUGGGGCAUGCAAUGCGUGCUUGAGGGAUGUCCAAAGCUGAGGAAGCUUGAAAUCCGAGAUUGCCCAUUUGGGAAUACGGCAUUACUAUCUGGUUUGGAGAAAUAUGAAUCAAUGCGUUCUCUGUGGAUGUCCGCCUGUAAUGUCACCAUGCAUGGUUGCCUUUUACUGGCAAAAGAGAUGCCGAGGUUGAAUGUGGAGGUAAUGAAAGAUGAGGAAGAUGAUAGCAGUCUUGUCGACAAAGUCUAUGUAUAUCGAUCCGUAGCAGGGCCAAGAAGGGAUGCCCCACCCUUUGUUCUUACUCUCUGAACCUCAAAAAGGUCUAAGUUCUUUCUUUCUUUCCCACCCUUGUUCAAAUAUCUGCAUUUUUCUUGCAUGUGUUUGUGGUAACCUGUUCAGCAGACUUGUAUACGUGCAGUAAUGAGAUUCAUUGUCCUAACUGCACAUCCAAAAAACCCCUUAGCAUAGCAAACAUUAUAUUGACUUGGGUGAUGGAUGGAUGGAUGGAUGGAGCUCCAAACCUAAUUGCAUUUGGAAGUUGAUAUGUUGAAGCUUGUCGAGUACAUUCUGCUUUUUCGUAGUACAUUCCACACUGGAAGUGUCAGAAAUUUUCGUGACAGUAGACGACAGAUGAAUAACUCCCAAAGCUUCAAGUUAGUCUCUGUGUGGAUUUGGCCAUGAAGGCUAAUUAUCCGGUUUUAAGGGUAUCGGCUCAACCAUUCGCCCUUCUACAAGCAUUCUUCAGAUUAGAUUUCUUCCCAGCAGCUGCUGUAAGGUAGACCAUUGAGUAGUAUUAUUCCUUCCCAUCUCCUUUGUGAUUCAUCAAAACUGUAAUAAUGGUAGAGGAGAUUAUGUGAACCGUUAGUUAUUUCGUUUCUUUUCUUUUUUCAAACUUGUAAUCUGUAUCUCAUUGUAAUUCUUUUGGGCAAUUUUUAGGCUAUUUAAUAAAACAGUUUAGUCUGAGACCGUCUCUCUAUCAUAUGAUUUGUGAGUUCUAUAAGUGUUGUUCCUUAUUGUAGUCCAUCGAGUGUGGAGAAGCAGCAUGUUUACCUCUUAAAACCUCCACUCAGUGAUUCUCUUCUUUCUCUAUUAGAAACUGCAAAAUAUGUUUUCCCAGGAUACUUCAUACAACUUUCUUCAA